CACAACCCAGCAUUCUUCGGUGGAUUGCAUUCGAAAGAGGAAAGGGCAUGCAGACGCCACCAUGGCAGUCUGGUACGCAUACAUCGUGCAGAUCUUUCUUCAGAUGAAGGGAUCACCAGGCAUAUAUGUCACUCUGCUCUGCUCUGUUUCUGCUGUGCUCUGUCAGGCGUCUGGUCUGUCGAGGAAGUGAUUUGGCCAGCCACUGACUGCAACAACCAAACAGCAGCGAUACUGCCUCCAUAGAAAGUAGAAACGGCAGCCUGCACGGUGAGAGAUGGACUGCCGCAUCCCUCCCAUGGACGCAUUGCAUUGCACCAAUGGGCGGUUUGGUUUGUCCCUUCAGGUGCGCUUUGUGCAGCCGCAGUGACUCAUUGCGUGUCGCCAUGAGGCUGGGUCUGAGUGCUGACCAGUUGCGGGCUCUCCGCGGUCACAUCCGCUACCUCCCUCUCGACCUCCUCGUGCGCAUCGCAAGCUCCUUCUCAUUUGCAUGCCUCACCGCAUUCCGCCUGACGUCCAAGUGGCUCGGCUACAAGACCAUCAGCAGUGCGUUCCUCUGCCGGUACAUCGACAUGUUCCUCCACAAGCGGCGCAUUGCCGAUAUUAUCACUUUCGACCGGUCUGGGGGGGUGGCCUUCCUCAUGCAGCUCAUGUGCGUGUUGGAGCUGGGAGGGACGUGGGAGCGGUGGGUGCCCGUCUUCCAUUUCGCCAAGAGCUGCAGCGCUGUUUGCGAUUUGUACGGCGAGCAGACGGCGCUGCCCAUCCAACUGUCGGUGCUUGAUCUGGUGCACGUCCGGACCAAAGCCUUCUUCCUCGGUCGGCCAGAGCCCAUCCGUCAGCUAUUCCUGUUCGGCCACCGGCUGUGUUCGGACUGGAUUGCUCAUGGGCUGUGGUUUGAUCAUUGUGGGCGGCUGAUGCUUGGGAUCCAUCCAUUGACCAUCGGUGUGCGUGAGUGCGUGCGUGUGUCGCUGCGGUUUGGCCACCGCAUCCAGAACGUCUACAACCACAGAGACUCCACCUCCGUGUGCCAGCGUAAGAGAGAUACAAACAAGGGAAUGCUGUGAUACGGAUGGAUGGAUCUUGUCCUGCCUGCCUGCCUGCCUGCCUGUUUGUCAUUCCAGAUGGCCCCCGUGUUGCCGGUUGCUUACAGGAUAUUGUCAUGGAUCGGUAUGAGAGGGGCUCUGCGGGUACACACGUCUUACAUGUCCCUCAUUCAGGUUCGACAAGCCAGUGUCUGAGCGUGUCAGUGAGCACCUGGUGUGGCCCGGUACUGUCGCCCAUGCUCGUAUGGAAGCGAUCGCGGCAGAGGCGACUCCAUGGUCGUGCCGCGUGGUCGAGUCGACAAGGUUCGAGGAUCGGUGCCGCAUGAUCGUCCUCUGCGGCGACAAGCCGGGAGAUCCGUUCGCGGCCUUCAUCUACAUCUCGCGUUGGAGCUACGACAACACGGCCAGCGUCGAGCUCAAGUCUACUGAGGAGCCUGCCCUCCCCGAAUGGAAGUUCCCUGCCACAGUGGCGCUGGCGCUGCGCAUCGUGGGGUGGCGGGACCUCAAGCUGCUGCUGCCGAACCUGGAGCUGCCAGGUCAGUCAGUAUUCUGUGAGAAAGAGGGUGGGGCGGCCUGAAGACACACGCGUCUGUGUGGCCAUGUGUCAGGGACGCCGCCGUGAUCACGAUGACCGAUAGCUACUCUGUCACGUAAGAGGAGGCAUGCCGGACGAACAUGACAGACAUGUGGCUGCGUGUGUUCAUGGGGCCCUGAUUAAUGUGAUGCCUGCAGGUAGCUGGAUGUGCUGUAGACGCGUUUUUCCUGUCUGGAAGCUUUUUGUGUUGUGUGGGUGCGUCGGUCCGUUUUGGUCGUUGCAAGUUUGGUGCACAGAGCAGAGGGAUGGAAUGAGACACACAGACAGACAGACAGGCAGGCAGAGAGACGGACGGACGAACGGCAGCGGCAACAGUCCGUUAGAUGCAUGCCUGUCCACUCAGCAAGGGCACGAAUUGCC